GAGAGAGAGAGAGAACACCGUACGUUUCUCAUUCCCCGCGCUUUCCUCCCUCCUUCCCCGCGAUGUCUCGAUCCCCCCAAAUCCAAUUCCCUAUGCUUCAAAAGCCCUAGCUGCCCCCAAAUCCUAGCCGCCCUUAUUCGCUCCAUCUAGGGUUUCAUCUCCGCCAUGGGCCUCCAAAUCGAGAAGGGAGUGAGGGAUCUGGAGAUGGGGUUGACGACGCCGUCGCCGAGCACGUCGGCGACAUCAUCGUUGCCUUCUCCUUCGCCUGCGCCGUCGCCGACGACGGCGCCGGCGUUGGUGCUGUCGAACUCCGGGAAACGGAUGGAUCAGUCGGGGAAGAAGAAGUAUGUGAAACAAGUCACGGGGAGGCACAACGAUACUGAGCUCCACAUAGCGGCCAAACGCGGGGACCUCGCUGCUGUGCGCCAGAUACUCAGAGAGAUUGAUGCGCAGAUGACGGGGACUGCUAGCGGGGCUGAUUUCGAUGCUGAGGUCGCGGAAAUCCGGUCAGCGAUGGUCAAUGAGGUAAACGAGGUUGAUGAGACGGCGCUCUUUGCUGCUGCUGAGAGAGGGUUUCUGGAUGUUGUGGUUGAGCUGUUGAAGUACUCGGAUAGAGAGAGCAUAGCGAGAAAGAACCGAUCAGAGUAUGAUGCGCUUCAUGCGGCCGCCAAAGAAGGGCAUAAAGAUGUUGUCCAGGUGCUUCUAGACCAUGACCCAACAUUAAGCAAAACAUUUGGCCCUUCAAAUACAACUCCCCUGAUUCAAGCUGCUACAAGGGGCCAUACUGAGGUGGUUAAUCUACUAUUAGAACAGGACUCUAGCAUGAUUGAGUUAUCUAAAGCCAACGGCAAAAAUGCUCUGCAUUUUGCUGCCCGGCAAGGACAUGUUGAUAUUGUGAAAGCGUUGCUUGAUAAAGAUCCACAGCUUGCCCGAAGGACCGACAAGAAAGGACAAACUGCUUUACACAUGGCAGUGAAAGGAACAAAUUGUGAUGUUGUUAAAUCUCUUGUAGAGGCUGAUCCUGCUAUAGUGAUGCUACCAGACAAGUUUGGAAAUACAGCCUUGCAUGUGGCAACAAGAAAAAAAAGAGCAGAGAUAGUAAGUGUUCUUUUACUCCUUCCAGACACCCAUGUGAAUGCUUUGACGCGAGAUCACAAAACAGCCUAUGACAUUGCUGAAGGACUCGCCCUUUCUGAAGAAUCUGCUGACAUAAAGGAAUGUUUAGCACGUUAUGGUGCAGUCAGAGCAAAUGAGCUAAAUCAACCCAGAGAUGAACUGAGGAAGACUGUAACUGAAAUUAAGAAGGAUGUUCAUACACAGCUGGAACAGACGAGGAAAACCAAUAAGAAUGUCCAUGGCAUUGCCAAGGAGCUUAGGAAGCUCCAUCGUGAAGGCAUCAAUAAUGCCACUAACUCUGUCACUGUUGUUGCUGUGCUCUUUGCAACUGUUGCGUUUGCUGCUAUCUUUACUGUACCUGGUGGAAACCUUAACAAUGGUGUAGCAGUAGCUAUCAACACCGUCUCUUUCAAGGUCUUCUUCAUCUUCAACGCCAUAGCUCUUUUUACCUCAUUGGCUGUUGUGGUGGUUCAAAUAACUCUUGUCAGGGGAGAAACAAAGUCUGAGAGGCGGGUUGUUGGGGUGAUCAAUAAAUUGAUGUGGUUGGCUUCUGUGUGCACUACUGUUGCUUUCAUCGCCUCCUCGUAUAUCGUUGUUGGGCGGCGUUUCCAGUGGGCAGCAAUUCUAGUUACAUUGAUUGGGGGAGUGAUAAUGGCUGGUGUAUUGGGUACCAUGACAUAUUUUGUUGUGAAAUCUAAGCGCAGCCGGUCAAUCAGGAAAAGGAGGAAGUCAUCUAGGAGUGGUUCAAACUCAUGGCAUCCUAAUUCAGAAUUCUCUGAUUCCGAUAUUAAUCCAAUUUAUGCCAUUUGAAGUCCGGGCUUCAGGUUCCCUCUUGCUCACAUCAGACCAUGGUUUAAUCCUGUUUUGAAGAUGCAACGCAAUCUCAAAUGCUUAGUUUUCUAUCUAUGCAUGACCAACGACUGCUAACAUUACCCUAGCACAAGUGCGAAGAGUACUGUAAUUUGUGAUGACCAAUACUAUCUGUAAGCAUGUAUUCACAGAAACACCAGCAUGUUACUUAUUUGGCCUUUUGAUUUAAAUGUAUGCUGGGUAGAUAUAGAGAAGUUGCUUCUUAUUCAAUUGUUGCAUGUAUUAUCCUGCAUGAAAGCCAUGGGCCAGUCUGAACUUUGCUUUGAAUUGAGUAUUGUCAGCAGCUUGUUGCAUGCAUUAUCCUUUUCCUUUUCUGUAGAGGUUGUUUGAAACAGUUGCAUUUGGGAGGUUUGAGCAAUCCUUGUACUUAAUUUUACAAUGUGUCUAUAUUGGUUUAUGUAUGAUGUUAAUGGUUAAUAGAUUUAGCCGCUACAUUUCUUUUUU